CCAUGUCUAGCUUCGAACUUCCCCCUACCAACAAGAACCUCACGAGCUUCGCCGUCUAUGGCUUUGUCUACCUCCUGAAGACAUCGCAGGCCUCGCUCUUUGUCAAUCUGCGCCAGAAGUUGCCCUUCACGGCCGAUGCCAUCAUCAAAUUCCUGCUGUUCGCCCACACUGGUGAGGCAGCGCUUGCCUUUUACCGCUCCUUGCGAGCUGGCAAGUCUCUCGGCGACUCCAUCAAAUGGGCGCUCUCGACAUUUGUCUUUGGCUUCACGUCGCUCGGCCAGCAGCAGUUGGUGUUGAAGCGUCGCGCUUACUAG